AUGAACAUCUGGUCGGGGCCCAUUAGCUUGGACCCAGACCGCCAGCUAGAAGGGAUCCGCUUAGUUGACCCGACCUCCCACUGGCAAUGCGACAUAUCUAAAACUGCCAAACUCGGUCUCCGCAGCUUUGUCAACCCAGCAUUGAUCCCGCUUCACGCGCGAGCAGGUCCUAACCUCGAAGUACACACUCUGAACGCGGGGACGUCACGAUAUCUCCAGGGCAAGUUGGCGGGAGCCGUAUGGUUAAAUCAAGAUGAACUGGACCUCCACCAGUCUGUACAAUGCCCCGUCGGCCUGCUGGUCAGUGUUGACGGCACUCCAGCGAGGAAUACCAGCGUGGUCACGUCGGACCUCUUGAUCUACGGCGUGUUGUCGACAGCGACAUCCUGUGCACGUCCGCCGACCCCGCCGCACUCGUCACCCUCUGAUAUACCCGGACAGCCCAAUUCUUUGCCGGGCAAACCGUAUCAGCUCAGAAUAUAUGCUGCACCACUAUCCACGUCCUUGAUCACCCAGGCUCAAGCCUUCCCGUCUCCUCCACCAAGCUCAGAUGAAGAACGCGCCUCUACUCAGGCUGAAUUCCUCCCAGAUAUCAGCUCGCCCAGUCCAAAGCGCAAACGAGUCGCCACUCUCUUUGAGGUGGCAGCACAACACCACCGUCGCGUCCGACAGCGCGGUGGCGAGGCAGUCUCCCAAUUGAUGGCCCCAUCGCGGCCACCUUCCUCAUCCCAGAAUCUCCAGACUCUCCGAGUAAAACGCGAGCCCGAAGAUGACCAACCGAGUCUACCAACACUCGACCGGCUGGUCGCACACAGGGCACGCUCCGUAUCAAUCGGAGCUGGCCUACAUAGACCAGUGAGCAGACUCGGCGCACGCGGAACAGGAACCCCAGUUCCAGUUCCAGUUCCAGGUGCAACUCCAAACGCAGACCCUCAAAAACGCACUACAACACCAAACCCUUUCCUCGACCCGCCAUCCCGCCGCGCAUCACACACUCAACCUCCAUCCCUCCUCUCAACCUCAACCUCAGAAAACAACCUCGCAACACCCAAUUCCCCACCCAAAACUGCAGACGCCAUCAUCGCCGAAAACAAGAACCUCAUCACCCGUACAAUCCUCACUUGCAUGCGACUAUAUGGCUUUCACCGCUCCAAUCCACGCUCCUCCUCCUCUUCCUUCUCCAGCAGGCUAAACCCGACUGGCCCGGGAUCUGCCGCGGAGACAGAAAUAGAUCCUCGAGGCGCAAUCCCAGCACUGGAGACUCUUCGCGCGGAGACACCCGCCCCUGGAGCCGCCGCGGAUGAUGACGAGUUUAAAGCUAUGUAUCACGCGACGUAUAAGGCGUCUGCCUUUGCGCUGCGCAAGUAUCUGAAAGAUAGUAGUGCAGGUGGAAACGGAGCUACGCCUGUUUUACUGGAGAAGGGGAAGGCUAUGACGUGUAUUGAUGAGUUGUUGAAGCUGUUUUGCGAGGAUCAUUGA